CCGUGCUUUGGAUUAUUCAAUCGUUCGUUUAUUGGGCGCAAAGUUUACACUAAAAUGCGGCUUACGGAUGUGCUUCGGCGGCAGCACAUCGGGUUUUUCUUCAAAAAGCACUGGCUACGACAAGGCAAACGUGUUCCGAACAGCACCGGCGCCGAGGAGGAACUAGCUGCCCGCGGUAUCGAAGUGCGCGACCCAAAAGAUGUGUUAAAGGUGCAGCUACCACGGCAGGAAUUUAAUUUUCCUGGCAUUUUGGCACCGUCGGUUGUUCACGAUGAAACGCAUCCGCUGUGGCAGUCACAGCCGGCGUAUGUGUACGGCGACAGGAACGUACUGCUGGAAGGGGUUCGCCAGUCGCAGGCCUUGCUCAACACGGUCGUCUUCGAUGAUUUGCCACUCAAGAUGGCAGAAAAAUUGGAGCAAACCAAAUUGCCAGCACAACUUGAUCGCUCCAUGCAACAGGCCGUUCUUUCCGCCCUUGUGUUCGACACGGAGCAGGUGAAAACGGCCAUCGUCAAGGUUCAGGAUCGUCCGGCCUACGUACUUCCGCGAGGCUACGGAAUAUCCGUAGGGCGUCGCAAUCAACUGAUUCUUUCGAAGUUUGUCACUCACUGCGAGCGCUUCUCUGGUCGGCCGGUAAAUGUGAAUCGUAAGGUGAUUUUCAACGCCCAGUUCUUAGUGCCGUUAGUCAAGGAGAACGAACGUCUGCUGAUGAACGUAAAAGCGGAUUCGAUGAUCAUUUCGAGCGCACCGCUACACCCAUUCGACGUGAGCGUCUACAGGCCCCUGGACCAGGAGCUUCCGACAUUGUUUCCCGUGAAGGAAACGGUUUCGAUUCCGCUAAAAAAUAUUUACGAUUGGAGAAACCAGUAUCCCAUAAGCCGCAACUACAAGAUGUCCCAUCCGCACACGGUGUUAAUACACUGUUCGCCGAGCGACGUGAAAAAUGUGACCGAGCUGCCGGUUUCGCGGGAUCAAGUAGAAGGUCGUACUAUGGUAAAGGCAUUUACUGUGGCAGCGGCACGCGCCCGCCAACUGUACGGCGAUGAUGUAAAGGCACUUCCGCAUCCGAUCACGGUUCAAGUGGUCCAAACGGACAGCAAAACGUUCCACUUUAGCGUGUAUCAGCUGAAUACGCUCGAUCUAAGCUCCACCACCGAGCGCAACAUGUGGUUCCGGAAGUCGCCUCUUGAUUUGUACACGCACUGCGAUUACGUCGUAGGGAAACCGACACUAGACGGUUACAAUAAAGAUGUUUUGCGACUCUUUGCCAUGUUCUAUUCGAACUAGAGGGUCGAUCCAGCAUGCUAAAUAAAAAAAA